GUCCGCACCUUCCCGCGCACUCUGCAUCCAUGUCGCUCCAGCCUGCUCUCCGGUUUCCGUACAACAUGUGGUGGUAAACUGCAGCUCCAGCAGCCACCGCGGCCUCGUCGACAUGCCCCAGGAGGACCCUGCUGGGCAGAUGCAGGACGAGUGGGUCGUCCAUGAGAUUCGCCACGUUGCCCGCCUCUCCUGGCGCAUGGACUGGCGAGCGCCUUCUUUUGGCUUCGUCAGCAAAUUUCAGGUCCGGUACAAGGAGGUUCCACCUGGCAAAAACUCAGAUGCCUUGCCGUGGCAAGAACUCCCGAUUGUGCCAAUGCAAGAAGCAGCAGACGAGACUGAUGUUGGCAAGCUUGUGGCUGGUGAGAAUUACAUGGCGAACUUCAUGUACGACGUGACCUCCUUGCCUCUUCUGCGAUUUCAUCAUUACAUCUUCGCGGUGCAGGUUCGCAGUGAUGAACAGUGCUCAACCUGGUCACCCCCGUCGAAGCCGUUGCACCUCAUGCUCCCCGAGGUGGUCCCACCGCCGCUGGAGCAGGUGUCCACCAGCGAAGGUUCAGACCAGGAGAUGUCACAGGACGAGAGCGUUGAUCAAAGGACGGAGGCAGACGAAGCCAAGGAGGAGGGUGGCGCCGAGGACGGGCCCGCGAAGGCCAGCCCGGAGGAAGCCGAGGAAGAGGAGACGAAAGAGGCCGAGGAAGAGGACGGCCAGGCAGAGGAGGAGCGGGGAGGCGGGGAGCAAGAGGCUGAGGAGGGCGAAAGCCAUGAAGACAAAGAGAGAGAGAAGCCGCCGGUGGAAGACGGGGAUUCCGCUGGCCAGGAGGCUGAGGAGGGCAAAAGCCAAGAAGACAAAGAGAGGCAGCCGAAGGCGCCGGUCGAAGACGAGGAUUCUGCUGGCCAG